AUGUUUAUUCUCGCCAUCCUGUGCAUUGUGCUCGCGCUGUCAACCAGCUACACCCUGACUCAAGUCUACCGUCACUACCGGCCCCUCCGCAGAAGCCCACUGCCCGUCCUCAUCGUCGCGGUUUCCCUCCCCCACCCACUGCAGGGUCUACUCAGCCUCAUCGAUCACAACUCCCGCCUCGCCUUGUUCUUCCAACGCAACCGCUUCAGACAUCACUCCUGGAAUUUCCGCGACAAGUUCGCCCUGCACGCGCGCUACGGCCCGUCCUUCUUCCUGGUGACGCCGGGGGGUCGCGAAUUCAUCACCGCGGAUCGGAGCGUUGCAGAGCAGAUCCUCCUGCGUCGGAGGACGUUCCCCAAGCCUUUAGGGCUGCUUGAUAAGUUAGAGCUCUUCGGACCGCAUCUUGCUUCGGUCGAAGACACAACCUGGCAGCGCCACCGCCGCAUCACGGCCAGCGCAUUUACAGCGUCCACCGACCAGAUCGUCUGGACCGCCUCCCUGGCCCGCGCGGCGCAGCUGGUCGCCUCCCGGCCCGGUACAACCACCAGCACAUUCCCCGACCUGGCUGACGCCAGUCUCGACAUCCUCCUCAGAGUCUGUCUCCCCACCUCCACCCCAUCAGACCCGACCUUCAGCCCGCAGGCCAUAGCGCAGCUGGUGGAAUGCAGGCGACGGGAUCCGGAUGGAGCCCUAAAACGGGGGGAUCUACUCUCGACAUUGCUGCGGUGCGAGGGCCGUCCUGGCCCCGGCAACCGGGAUUAUCUGUCCGGGGACGAGAUGCGGGGCAAUGUGUUUCUGUUUCUGUUUGCGGGGCAUGAGACCACCGCCAAUACGUUGCUGUAUGCGGUGUAUCUCCUGGCUAUCUUUCCGGCGUGGCAGGCGUGGGUCGGGCAGGAGAUGGAUUCCUUGCUUCAGGGCUGGGCAGGGAAUGAGGAGCCUGGGUUUGAGGUGUUGGAGGGGUUGAAGAGGUUGAGGGCUGUUAUGAUGGAGACGCUCCGGCUGUAUGGCCCCGUGGUGAAUGUGCUGCGCGAGACGCGCGAGCAGGACGGAAUGGUCAAGACGGAGACACCGUUUCUCAUUCCCGGACAGACCUCCAUCCGGGUCAAUAGUGUAGCGCUGCACAUGGACCCUGGGACUUGGGGACGUGAUGCGGCGGAGUGGAGGCCGUCGCGGUGGGUGCUUGCGUCGUCAACCGGACACCCCGGGGAGGAUGUUUACAACGCGGAGAUGGGGCGGAAGCUCAUCGCUUGGUCGGAGGGGCCCAGGGUCUGUCCUGGCAAACGGUUCUCCCAGAUCGAGAUCCUGGCGGUGCUGCUCCAGCUGUUCCGAAAGCACACAGUCGAUAUUGUGCCUGACCCCGGGGAGACAGUCGAGGAGGCCCGGCAGCGGGCAUAUGCGCGGGUGCAGCAGAGCACAAUGAGUUUGACUCUGCAUAUUCCCCAGCCGGAGAAGGUGUGCUUACGGUGGGAGCGGCGGGAGAGAUAG